AUAUUUUCAUCCUCUUUCUCUCAACAUAUUCCAGAACUUUCCAAAGCUCUUCUUCCAAUAUCUUUCUCAAAUAUAAAAACUAUAUACAAUCACCAACUACACAAAUCCACAAAUAUAAAAUUACAAAUUGUAUGCUUCUUUCAUCCUUCUAAACUCUAGAACAUUCUACUCAAAAAAUUAUUUAAUUUUAUCAUAUGAUUCUAUUUAAAGGUCCAAAUGUCACUCCCAAAAGCCUCCUCAUCCCCUAAUAGUCACUAUAUCCUAUCCCAACAAAUCACAUAACUGCCAAAACCUACCUUCACUAAUAGAAGCAAAGGAAAACAGAGCAUGUCACACUGUUUUCCAAAAUUUUUACACAUACUUCAACUUUUGCAUAUCUUUUUGGUAACAUUUUCAUAAAAUCUUCCUCAAAUCUUCUAUAUUUAUGCAAAUCAAAGUUUCCAACUUUUUUCAAUUUUCUCUCCUCUCAUCAUCUUCUACUUUAUUCUUCUCAUCAAUUCUCCCUGAUCUUCCUCUGUUUUCACUCAAAUUUCUCAAAUUCAAUCAAAAUCUCAUCUGGGUUUUACCAAAAUUCAACUCAAAAUUGUUAAAGUACACAACUUUCAUCAAAAAUCUCACUUGGGUUUUCUUCAAUUAGUCACAUUCCUUCAUUUUUUUUGACUAAUCACCAAAAAUAAAAUCAACCCACUAAAAUUCAAGCAUUGAAUCACAAAAUAUCUCAACAUGAACCCUUUUUAUCAUGUUAAAGAAGAAUACCCAGAUUCAAACUCGUCGUUUUCCGGCGAGAUUCCGGCGAGUUUUCCGGCGCCUCAGCCUAGGGAAGGAUUACAUGAAGUGGGUCCACCUCCAUUUUUGACAAAAACAUAUGAAAUAGUGGAUGAUCCAUGUACUGAUAAUAUAGUUUCUUGGAGUAGAGGAGGUCAAAGUUUUGUUGUUUGGGAUCCUCAUGCUUUUGCUUCAAAUUUACUCCCAAGAAAUUUCAAGCACAAUAAUUUCUCUAGCUUUGUGAGACAGCUCAAUACUUAUGGUUUUAGAAAGAUUGAUCCUGAUAAAUGGGAAUUUGCUAAUGAAGAAUUUUUGAAGGGACAAAAGCAACUUCUAAAGAACAUAAGGAGAAGAAAAAACUCAUCUAAUAAUCCUUAUUUUCCUCAACAAGGUGGCAAUGAUCCUUGUGUCGAACUAGGAAGAUUCGGGCUUGAUGAAGAAGUCGAUCGAUUAGUACGCGAUAAACAAGUACUAAUGAUGGAAUUAGUGAAAUUAAGACAACAACAACAGAACACAAGAGCAUAUAUACAAGCAAUGGAACAAAGGUUACAAACCACAGAGAUUAAGCAACAACAAAUGAUGAAUUUCUUAGCAAGAGCAAUGCAAAAUCCUGUUUUCCUUCAACAAUUAGUCCAACAAAAAGAGAAAAGGAAAGAACUCGAAGAAGCAUUAAGCAAGAAACGAAGGAGGCCUAUUGAUCAAGGACACAUCAAGUGUGACUUACAAAGUGGGGAGUCAAGUAGUACUUUAGGAAUGGGAUAUGUUAAGGUUGAGCCUUUAGAAUUAAGGGGUUCUACUUAUGGGUAUGAUCAUCAUAACCAUGGUGGUGUUUCUGAGCUCGAAGCCCUUGCCCUUGAAAUGCAAGGAUACGGUAGGGUAGAGACCGAGUUAGAGGAGGGAAAACGCGAUGAUGGAGAUGAUAAAGAACUUGAUGAGGCAUUUUGGGACGAGUUAUUAAACGAGAGGUUUAAGGCCUCGGGUGAACAUGAAGAUGUUGAUGUGCUAGCUGAUAGAUUGAGAUUGGGUUACUUAGGUUCAAGCCCUAAGUAGAAGGUUUAUAAGAAUUGAUCACUUCAAUUCUAUGGUAGGAAUUUGAUAAGUUUUAUAUAAAUGCCAUAAUAAUAUGCAUGUGUAUCAUGUCCUUCAAGUGUUUAAUGUGUUUGUUACAUUUACAGGAUAGGGAAGAACAAGCUAAGCCAGCUUACUUGAUUAGAGGGAGAUCUAAUCUGUUUAUAAGCCUUUCUAACUCCCUUUGUUAUCUGUUGAAAGACUUUUGUGUUUACAUAUUGUAGGAAUGCAGGAAUUUUUCAGAAUGUAGAAGCUAAAAUUGAAGUUUAUUUGGACAAAUUUUUGUUAAGAUUGGUUGAUCAAGUUCGAAUCGAAAAGACUUUGCUGCCUACAAAUCAACAAGAUUGAUAACAUGGUAGUGAGUCAAUUGCUCAAUCAUUGAAGCAAGUUGCUCAAUCAUUGGAGCAAGAUAAUUGAUACCUGCUUGAGAACAACACAUGCUCCACGAAGCUUGCUUGACUUUGAAAAGAUAAUAUGGCUUGAAAUUGGAAAAAAGAAAAGGAACAGUAAGUGGGAAGAUCUUUAGGAAACGGAUGGAGUAUUAUAUUAGACUUAAUCAAAUCUGAUUAUACAUGGUAUGAACUUAUCAGACUUGAAACUUGUUUUUAAGAGGAAGAGAACACAUCCUUAUUCGCUCUACUUUGCGCUUUUAUUUUUCUUCUUGGAGUGGUCUAUUCAUCAUAUCACCUAUAAACUAUAGUGCAGUUUUGGUUUGUAGUGUUCAUAACUUCAUAUUGUACUUACAAGUACAAUGCUAUAAGUUAUGUUGGGCAUGCAUGGCUCAUGAGAGGGACUUGGCCUCGUGGAGUUUUGAGGAGUAGCAAGGGAAAUCCAUGUUUCAAAAGCACAUCAAUCAAGAUUUUGAACCACAAAGUUGUUAUAGUAGAUAGAUGUCUUAUUCAAGAAGGUCAUGCUCUAGCUAUAGCAGUACUGGUGUAGUCUUCCUGGGUUGUGUGCUUGUUUGUUCUUGCUGCAAAAAAAGACUUUAAACCAUGAGAUGGAAUCUGAUGAAAAUCGAACGUUGAUUUCUUUUUUUGUAUGUAGUAGAUAUCUUAUUCAUCAAAUAUCUUUGUCAAGCACUUCGAUUUAAAUUUAUAGAUAUUUUGAGUUUCAUUCGCACUUAA